AUGCUUGCCCUCAGGAUGCUGUCAAUCAUCCCUUCCUCUCUCGCUUCGUUCCGAAAUUUCACGGGCAAGACGCAUUCCUCCGUUGGCAUGUGCAGUGACGUGGCGAUCAGAACGCGCACGAUUGUAGACGAUAAAUCCGGAGAGAAGCAAGAAUGGAUCGUGAUGGAGAACGCGAUCAAGGGGCUUGCGAAACCAGCGAUCGCUGAUGUCAAGAUAGGAACAAGAACCUACGGGGUGGAGGCGUCGCCAGCCAAGAUUGACGAGCAGACGCAGAAGGCGAUGGAGAGCACACAAGGAUCGAUAGGAGCGAGGGUCAUCGGAGCCCACAUGCUCAACGAGAGGAAUAUUGCCAGCGGCGAUGAUUUCAUACAAGCUGGGUACAAAUACAGCAAAGAUGAGCCCAAGACUUUGCAAGAUUUCAGCGACCUCCUCCUCCGAUUCUUGUCCACGGACUCUUUACGUCAAGAGGCUGAGCGAUACUUCCUGGAGCUGUAUGAUUGGUUUUCCUCGCAGACAGAAUUUGAAACCGUGCAGAUUUUACGGAUCUUCGCUGCUUCUCUCCUUCGAUACGCAAACUUUUGUAAGAACUGCAAGGGAACAUGUGGAGGAGGGUUGGAUGAGAGCUUUCUGACGGGUGAAACCACUUGCUGUUCGCUCGCAAGCAUGAACGGCGUGCCUGAUAAGAUGCUGCUGGGCAGUCCGAGGAUUGCCAUCGCCACGCUGAGUCAGACGCCUGAGGAGAUUCCUAGGAUGUUCUUGGAGAAGCUGAGAAGAAAAGGGCUCGGCGCUAUCCUCUUUCUCUCCCACCAACAGCAAGAGCAGCACACGGGCAGCUUGUCACAGCAAGGCAAGAAACGAUGCUUGCUGAUCAAGCAGAAGCUUCGCUUCCUCCCUCGCGUGACCCUCGUCUUGUCAUCUCCGCGAGGGAUAUGUCAAGAAACAGCAGACUGGAUCUUGGGCCCUCACGUGCAGCAUGUCCUGGAGGGGAUGCAGUGGUGUAGCCCACAGGAGCAGGAGGACUGGGAGGAGGAGGCAACCUACGAGAAGCAGAGGGAGCUGCUGAGUGGAGCUGGAGACGUGGAGGAGAGGACCAACAGGGUGGUGAUGGAGAUGGCUGAGGCCAUGGAGAGACAGGAGGCGCCUCCUUGGAAGGAGGCUGAUGAAGCUGAAGGAGAGCGAAAGUGUGCAGUUCUUGUCGGCGACAACUUACUGACAUCCGCGACCGCCAUCCGUGUUGCCAAAAUUUUUGGGCACCAGAACGCGAGCAGCGUGCUGGGAAAGAGAUCUCUGUAUCAGGAGGAAGGCUUCCUAGUGAGUAUGGACAGUUUGGAGCUUCUUUCCCAGCUAGGCGCUUCCUGA